UAUAAAGGGGAGGAAGUUUCCUAAGAUUCUAUUCUGUUUCCUCACUCCAACUCACAUCUUCAGGCAAGUCUUAUCAUACAUUCUUCACUACUACCAAGUUCUCCGAGAAACCUUGGGCAAUCAUGACGACUAUCGGUAUUGAGGGCGUUUAUCGUGUUUACAUGAAAUGGUCAGAUCAAGCCGACGCGGGACUCAACACACUUUUGGGACGCUGGCAGUUGGUAUUCCGCAACCGCCAGACUGCUGACGAGUACUUCCGCUUCCUCACCUCACUGACCGAUCCCACCGGAAAGUACCCACUGUUCAACUUCCUCACUCGCAACGGACCUCAAUUCUGGUACUACGAUGUUACCCAGUAUGCUGGAUCGAAUUGGGAGUUCCCCAGACUCGUUCUGGUUGCUAACACCGAAUGGGGAACCAAAGUUAUGAUCAGCCUCGAAAACGACGGAGGCGGACGUGGUUUCGAUGUGAUUCCUACUCAAGCUACGACCGAAUGGAUCAAUGGCGGUGCAUACUUCAUUAAGAACACCAACCUCCCAACCGAGUACUGGAAGGAGGACGGUGGACUCAUCACCAUCAGCGAUACCGAACGCACCAAGUUCGUCGUUCGCGCUACUGCUUUCCUCUCUAGUGAUCCUCAAGUCUUGAUUCGAACUGAUAAGAUCACCAUCGAACUUGCUGCCGAUGCGUCCACCUCUGACCCUCAAUAUCUCACCCUGCCAUCUGGUACUUCCAGAUUGGGUCUCUCCAGUGAACCGUAUACCUGGACUUUCAACGACUUCUUUGCCACGUUGGCAAUUGAGGGAUAUACCGCUUCUUCAGGCACCUACUACAGAGUUAUCAACAACAGCCCAGGAACUUCUAUUGUCUGGGAUCUUGUCUAAGUGCUUAGCAAGAUUGUGGUAAGUGGCCAUGGUUGGGCCACUGGAGAUGAGGAAAUCUAGGAGGGAGCAUGGAGGAAGAGGGGCUAUGGCGAUCGAGAACAUUCGUUUACGAAAGACUUUGGGUAGACAUAGCAUAAGAAAAGCUUCAGUAAUAG